AUGGAGCUAUGCAUAGGCGUGAUGGCUACUGCAAUCCAGAUCGCACUACUGCUUGCAUAUACAUACUCAAACAGGCAUGCACGAUAUCUACUGUAUUUACCUCUCAACACUGUGUCGUUGGUAUCAUACUUCAUGCUGCGCAGUUUUGCUACCAGACACAAUCUUGAUCUUCGUGCAAAGGUGCUUUUGAGAAUAGUGAAGCUCUAUGGAUGGGUUGUUCUGAUGUACACAACUGUUUCUGUCUCUGCUCCAGAGCACGACCAUGGCGUUUUUGUGGUUGGCACUGCACUUCUUGUGGCAGACCUUAUCAGGGCGUAUCUUUAUGAAUCAUCCAAAAGAAGCUUUGAAAACAAGAUACUCACGGGUAACUUCUGCGACAUCCUUAGGCUUGAGAAAUACAUUGUGCAUUCCACAGAAGGGUCAUCAGCAGCAGAGCUUGGCGAAGACAUGACAAGUGAUCGGUACUUUGCAAGAGGAAGGCCAAAGGCAUUUGCAAUCGACGAGCUGUUUGCGCUGUGGAGCGAUCAAAGCAAGUGCGACGAAAAUGACUCAGAAAGCGAUAUGAAAGAAGCAAGUGUGCAGGGACAGCGAAGACAUGGAGGAAAAGUUUCCAUCCUGCCAGAGAUGCAUGAGUAUCCAUGCCGUGCAAGAGAUGCAUGUGCAUGGAACCUUGAAGUAAUCCAGAAGGUUGAUCUAACAUCCGAUGAAGUACUUGCCGAGAAAAUGCAAGUGAGGCAGCCAUGCGAGGGCAUUCCAACUACAACCAACGAAUCAGAGCCUAAUGUCAGUGCGAAGGAUAUUCUGCUUGAGAUAAAGAAGAACACAAAAAAGAAAAAGCCGUGCAGGCCAGGGCUGAUCUCUCCCAAGUCGCUUGCCGUGCAUUUUGGAGAGACACAUUCGCAGAUCAUGUACAGGCUGAUUGCAUUCAGAAGAGGAGACGAGAUGAACUACGACAUGUUUAAGGAAAACGGAAGACAGAUCAAUGGAGAGCGAGCAAACCUAUUCACAACAAUUGCAGACAACAAGAAAUUGCUCAAUGUUGUAUGGGCCACGCUUGUUAUCAUAGAGAUUGUUGUUGCAUAUGUGAUAGUGUUUAUGUACAUCAAGGCACAGCCGCUGCUUCUUGAGCUUGCGGUUCCAAUGAUCAUUCUUCCUGCAUUGCCUGUGAUCAAGAUGGCUGUUGAGUCGUUUCUGUUCAUUGUGUAUACGCAUCCGUAUGAUCCUGGUGACAGGGUGCAUAUCGACGGAGAAAACAUGAUUGUCAGAGAAAUAUGCCUAUUCAACACCACGCUUGAGCGUUGGGACGGAAUGGUUGUGAUAAUGCCGAAUCUUGUGAUACGUGAGAAGGCGAUUCUAAACAUCCGGAGGUCGCGAUCGCAGCAAUGGAAGCUGUCUGUGCUUGUGUCGUCAAAGACGUGCGAUAGGAAAAUACAAAUACUCAAGGACGUGAUCAGGACGUUUGUUAAUGAGGACAGGUCGUAUACCACGGCCAGCGUGAAUGUCUCGGAGAUUAUCAACUCAAGCUAUAUAAGGCUUGAGAUAAUUGUGAAGCACCUGAUGAACUUCCAGAGCGGAUUUUUUAUGUGGAGUAACCACACUAAGUUCGUCAACAUGCUGCUUACUGCACUGCACAUGCUUGACAUCAGGUUCAAUCCCUUGGGCAAGGAGAUUGCUUCGGCAGGCAUUGGUGCACCACUAAACACACCUGUGUGUUAA